UCUUGCACCAAGCAUUAACUCACGCUGUUCGAGGGCAUGCGCGGCUAUUUUUAUCACUAAACAAUGAAAUUGCUUAGAGAAAUACGGCAGGUAAUAGAAUUAUCACAAUUAUUACUAAUUACUUGUAGUUUAUACGUGUAAACAUUAUUUGUUGUCCUAUUUUAACGCUGUUCUAAAAUAAACUUGAAAUAAUAGCGGGUGUUUAAACUAAUGCUAACAUGUAGCAUUAGCGUGCUAAUGAAACUAAAUUAAGCUAGGUUUUUGUUUUUAUUACUCACGUCUUCAGGCGCUUCAGCUGAUGAUGCAAACGAGCAGACAAAGAAAACAACAGGGUUUGAAGACGACUGGAGGCCUUCUGGUUCUUUUGUGGACUGAAAAUGGGUUUUCUGCUCAAAAGUUAAACUGCACUGUUGCAGCUGCUGGUCUCUGGUGCGCAGGAGCUGACUCUCAGGCUCUCUACGCUGAUUUAAGGACAACGUUAUUUACUUGCAUUCGGGCAUGUGCAGAUCCAGACCCUGAGGAGCUGAGCGCUUUUACAGAUCUGUAUGGGUCACUCGGCUUACUGCUGACUUUUCAGGUAGCAAAUACAGAAGAUUGCACACCAAAGUUGCAAGCUCACGUUGAGGAAUUUCUGCAGACCUUUGGUUUGAGUAACGCAGAAAUAAAAAUACACCUCAAAUUCAAAUGGGGUCAACAGACUUUAGAGCGUGACCUCAGAGUCAAGAGGAAGAGUAGAGUUGCCAUGGGAGACCAGCCACCUCUGACCUUUGACGUGACUUGUUCUGCACAGCCUCCAUGGGCUGUGAAAGAGCGCUGGUGUCACGGUGGACAUCCUGUCAGAGGAGGUAGGUUGGCUCUCAGCAUUCCACCACCAGCUAUGGAUCAAGGCAUGUUCGGGGACCUCAGAGUCCAGUUUGUUACACUCCUGAGGCCCUGCGUGCUGCAGUACCCCAACCUGCCUACAGAGCUGACCCACAUACAAAUAUCCUUCUUCACGAUGUCAUCCUAACUCUGUUAUGCUCUCUCUGUGGGAAUGAGUGGUGGAAAAGGUCAGAAGAGGCUGUUUCAGCCUUUCUUUUUCUUUCUAUAUUUGUCGUUCAGCUGCUUUAAUGACGCGGGGACUUCCCAUAUGCUGGUCUGUGUCUUAGGACACCAGGGACAAGAGUGGACACCUCACAGCCUAAGGCCGUGUCUCUUUGCUCGAAAUAGGGUGAAGAGCUCCCUUCGGAUUCAGUCAUGUGGUUGUUGAUUCACACGUAAACCAAAAUAACUUUCAAAGAAAGACGACAAAUGUUUGUUUUUACAUUAAAAUAAGGGUUUGCUUUAAUUCUAUUAUAUUGCUACUAAUUUACAUUUAUAUCUACGGAGAUCAACUGAAGUAGGAGUUGUUACAUUUAUAGGAUUACCAAGCUUAUAAAAAAGCAUAAAGAUGUUUGUUUUUUCUAGUUUGUACCAAUGUGUGAGGUCUUGAUAAAUAUGUCUGCGUCUUGUUUUGGCCAGAGUACCGCACACGUUCUAUGCAGCACCUCGGUUUUAGGGGUGGAUGAUUAGCUCCACCCUUCCUGCUCUUUUGUGGGUGUGCCUUAAUCAAGAAAAGGCCUACAGUUUUGAGCCAAACAUAAAUUUAGUCAAACGUUACACUUCAUAACCCUAAAACCAGAUUAUUACAGCCAGACAGCAUCUCGGCUCCAAAAUAACACAAUUUAAUUCCUUCCUGGUUAAAAAAAACUUUUUGUUUGAAAUGGUUUAUGAACGUGUUAUGACUCACCUAGAUCAGUUUAGUUAGAAAAAUACAGAAAAUUAUGGGCAUCUCCAGCCAAUCAUAAUCAUUCA